GCGCGCUGGCCCCGGACGCCCGCCGCCAAUCCUGCCAAGAGAGCGGGUCGGGGCGCCGAGGGGUCCGCGCCGCGCCGGGCGCCGCCGCCCUGGCCACCAUGUGCUCCCAGCUCUGGUUCCUGACUGACCGGCGCAUCCGCGAGGAAUACCCGCAGGUGCAGAUCCUGCGCGCCCUCCGGCAGCGCUGCUCCGAGCAGGACGUGCGCUUCCGGGCUGUGUUCAUGGACCAGAUCGCCGUCACCGUCAUCGGCGGCCACCUCGGCCUCCAGCUGAACCAGAAGGCCCUUACCACCUUCCCGGAUGUGGUAGUUGUACGGGUAUCCACACCCUCCGUGCAGUCAGACAGCGACAUCACUGUCCUGCGGCACCUGGAGAAGCUGGGCUGCCGCUUGGUCAAUCGCCCACAGAGCAUCUUAAACUGCAUCAACAAAUUCUGGACGUUCCAAGAGCUGGCUGGACAUGGGGUCCCCAUGCCAGACACUUUCUCCUAUGGUGGACAUGAAGACUUUUCAAAAAUGAUUGAUGAAGCUGAGCCCCUGGGCUACCCAGUCGUGGUGAAGAGCACACGAGGCCACCAGGGAAAAGCUGUUUUUCUUGCAAGAGAUAAGCAUCACCUCUCAGACAUCUGCCAUCUGGUCCGCCAUGAUGUGCCCUACCUGUUCCAGAAGUAUGUGAAGGAGUCCCACGGAAAAGAUAUCCGGGUGGUUGUGGUAGGGGGCCAGGUGAUAGGCUCCAUGCUUCGCUGCUCCACAGAUGGACGGAUGCAGAGCAACUGCUCUCUUGGUGGUGUGGGCGUCAUGUGUCCACUGACAGAACAAGGCAAGCAGUUGGCUAUUCAGGUGUCCAACAUCCUGGGCAUGGACUUCUGUGGCAUUGAUCUCCUCAUCAUGGAUGAUGGCUCCUUUGUGGUGUGUGAAGCAAAUGCCAAUGUCGGCUUCCUAGCCUUCGACCAGGCUUGCAACUUAGAUGUGGGUGGGAUCAUUGCAGACUAUACCAUGUCCUUGCUGCCAAAUAGGCAGACUGGGAAGAUGGCUGUCCUCCCAGGACUGUCAGGUCCCAGGGAGAAGAAUGAGCCAGAUGGCUGUGCUUCAGCUCAGGGAGUUGCAGAGAGCCCCUACACCAUCAACAACGGGUCUACCUCUAGUGAGAGUGAGCCUGAAUUGGGAGAGGCCCGGGAUUCCUCAGCAAACACAGUGGGGGGGCCUGCCCCCCAUGCAUCCCGAGCCUGGCUACAACAUUAACAUCAGGAUGGCUUCAGAAUUAAAGCUUAAGUGAAUUUCUGCUUCUUGGCAGCAUUUAAACCAAAUCCUACUGCUUCCCUAGUAGUUUCGAGUGAAUAAAAUCUGGACCAAUGUGAUUUCAUUUGCACAGAAACUAGAAAUCCCAUCUGGGCACUCAGCAUUCUUUCUAAUGAUGAUUUAAGCAAAUGGCCUAGCUUUGUGGUUUUUACAAAGACAUAUAAAAACACUCACCAAGAACAACAUCCCAACUGAUCGAUAUGAGACCAGUGUCUGCUGUGAGCUCUUGGACAUAAUGGUAGACUUUCAGGCACUGACUCUGUGCUGCUUCUGGCUGGUAGCAGUAAAGAACAAGAACUUAGAAUGUCUCCUGGAAAAACUGGACUUAAAAGCAGCCAUGAGAUGGAGGCAUGUGCAGCCACGGCGGAAUGUGACAGUAGUAGCAUGUUCUUCACCCAGCGUGUGUAUGAGGCUUGGAGAAUACACAGUCCAAACACUAUUACAGGAUCGAUCUCUGCUCCCCUCACUCACCAUCUUGACCAUAUUUCUCUGACACUCAGGAUAUGGUGUUUUAGGGAGCAUCCUCAUUUGCAUCUUCAGUGAAGCACUUUGUAGAAAGUGAGAUUGAAUAUUCUUUGACCUCGCUGGUUGGUAUAUGUCCUGCUUUAUAACUGGGACUUUCUACAAAUUGCUUCGCCACUCUGAAUUUAUAUACCCUGCUUCGAUUAAUGACAGCUCCAGCGGCUUCUUGCACCUUUGCUGCCUUCGGCCUCAGCUGGAAAUGCACUUCAAUGAGCUAGUGGCCACACACUUCCUUUCUUAAGCGUGCACUAGAAUCAAACACCAAGGACUUUCUUUUCAACGAACUCUGUUCACUUGUCAUCCAGAAGCCAGUAGGUUUUUACCAUAGAAAGUUACUGGAAGAUAAUCACUCUUUUCCCUCCUCUUACUGAAACUUUAUGUACUGCUUAGCUAUAGAAGGUUUUCUCAUAUGAGUUGGUGUCGUGGGCCUGUGAGGUAGAUAGAGCUCUUGGAAACACACUCCAAUCCCCUGGACAUUCUACUCUUAUCCAGGCUCCAGAAACCUGUCCUUACCCACUUUUCCAAACUGGGGAGACUCAGGUAUCAGGAAUUAACUCAUUGCACAUUUUUGGGGGUGACUAAUGUAGACAUGACACCAAGUGGUUUUUAUUUUAACUCUUCAAGCAGUAGAUGAGCUCCUUCCCUUGGGAGAAAUAAUAGAGAUGGAAUUUUUCAUUUCUGCUUGUAUAAGUUUUACUGAAAAUGAGUGAUGACCAAAUACACUGGAACAAAUGCAUUUAAGAGUUACCACCAUUGGAGUUAUUUCCUUGGGAGACCAUCCUCUUGAGCUAUGAUGUUGCAUGCACCAAGAACACUUAGAAUUCCUCUUCAGGAUUAUCUUUGAAGCCAUGAAAGGAAAGAGGCCUCACAACUUUAUAGUUGGACUUUUUUUUUUAUUUUUAAUCUCCCCCUGCCAACCCAGUCAACCACCAAGAUAGUGCCAAGCUCCAUCACCUGUUUUAUUUAUCAGACUUGUUUUUCUAAUGUACUUUGUUAAAAAAAAAAUAAUUCCUCAAAAAAUACAUCAACUCUCAAAGGACAGAGAUUACCAACACCAAGGAAGUUUACAAGUUGACAGUUUCCAAAGGCGGUUCUAGAAAUGUUCUGAGUAAGGUCAGCUUCACCGGAAUAAACGUACAUCUUCCCAAGGUAACUACUUUGAAGGCAACACCACCCAUUUGGGUGCAUAAUUCCUGUAUUUACUCUGCUGUAAAUGUAAAAUGUAUAUAAAGUUAAGCUAUUACAUUUUUUUCCACAACACAUUUAAAUAGAUAUUGGCUCUUAAAGUAUUGUAGUGAAAAACCAGAUCUCACCAAGUAACAGUUGUACAGCUGAAAAAUGUUUGGUGCCAUGUAAUGGAGAUGUCACACUAUGCAGUUGUAGUUUAAAUGCCGUCCAACAUAGGGUGCAUGCCACUGAACUGUAACCCAAGCAAUGUGUCUUGUACAAUUGAAAAAAUGAUAACACUUCACUCUUCUAUAGGUUAAGACAUGUACCUUAUUUUUAGUACUCAGGGUGGCUUUAGGAUAGUUUCAGGUUUGUUCUUGCCAGAAUUGGUCAGAUACUUUCUGUGUAAACCUCUGAACCAAGUAUUGACCUCCUGGAAGCUGCAUUCAUUCAUCUCCCUACUUUAUCUAAAAAGAUGCCAGCAGGUCCCAUCCCAAGCAGAAGAGCUAGAGUGUUUCCAGAUCUCUUUGCCAAAGGAGGCCCAUUUUCCAGCUGGGAGUGACAUCUGUCAUCAUUGGCGUCACUGCCUGGAACUAGCCCUGUCUAGAAGCAGGGAAAGCUGGAUCAUAGCUGGAUCCUAGACCCCUCCAGGAUUUCCUGGACCACGGCUGGCCGUGGACUGAGUCUCAGCCACACUGCCCACAACUGCUAAAAAGAACAUGUAGUAUAGGACCAUACUGUGGUUCUGGCUCUCCCCUUGAACAGCUGCUCACCCUAUAUGAUCACUUGAGCUCUGUGCCUCCGUUUUUCUCACGUCUCUUCUGGUGACCUCUUGGGGACACACUGAGGUUGAAGUGAGUUAAUAAGUGAGGCUGUGCAUUAUGUAGAAGGUGGAAACAGAACACCUCCCACAUCUGGUUUUAUAAUAGCUUCUCAUCACCCCUCCUCUGAGGGAGAUAAGAAAGGAAGAGGCCAUGAAGUCUUGGCACUAGCAAAACGAACAGUGAUAGGGGCCCAGAAAAAAGGAAUGCAGCUUCUGGAGGCCUUCCUGCUAGCCAGGGAAACAUUACCUGAAAGGAAUAAGGAUCAUGGGGUAUUCAAAGAGCCUUCUGAAUGUACCAUAUAUAACCUGAAAUCCGAUUCCUGUAUACCGACUAAGUCUUCCUUAUGUAACAUAGAUUCUGUGUCUGUAUAUGGUCUUCCCAUUAUUUGGUAGUAGCAUCUUGGUCAAAACCUGAAUGCCAAUAGCCCAGUCACUCAGAAUAUAUAUGAUUCUGCACUUGGUAAAAAUGUCUUCAUGCUAUCUGUCUGAUUGGGUAUGGGGUGGACAGAGUGUGAGUUGGAGGCUUUAGGUCUUUAGGGUCUGAGAAGCAAUAUAAGUGGGCAUAAGUAAUUCCUGAUCCCAAUGCUUCCAGCUAAGGGACUCCAUACAUUUGGGACAGGCAAUGAAGAAAGAGAAGGGUUAAGGUUCGGGAUAGUUUGUGAAAGAAAUGAAAUCAGGAUCACUUGGAACUCUGGUGGGAAGGAGGAAAAAAUGGUCUUCUGUGGGUUAUGUUAAGGAAAGAAUUGUGAAUAUACUGAUUAGAGGUUGAUGUCUUUGAAACUGCUCUGUGUAAAGAUUCUGAGAUGCAUGGACUCCUGUUGACGCUGGAGAAGUGGAGGAAAUGUGCCUCAUCUCUUCUGUAAGUCCUGAGGAAUACUGGUCUUGAGAAUACUCUGAGUGUAAAUCUGGGGAAGAUGGAAGCAGCUCAUUGAUGGGAGAGGUCCCAGGACCACCCAAGUAACGGCUGACCCUCCCAGAAGGGAAUGGACCAAAAUACCAGGCCUGGCAAAGCUCAGGGCUACAGUUUACUGAUGGAAGUGAGGGGAGUCAAGUAGGAGAAGAAACCCAAGCUCAAGCAAACAAAUCACUUCAGCUUACUAUUUCCCUUUGACCUGAAGGUGAGGCCUCUGUUUACUAUUAGUCUGUGCAGAUGUUUUAGGAAAGGCCUGACAAUAGAUAUUUGUCACUGUCCCUGAAGUUAAUGUUCUUAGAUCUGAAGCUAUAACGUGAUAGAAAACCUGGUAUUGCUUUUGGGGAAGCUGCCUCUUAAACUCAAGAUCAGUACAGUUUGUUGCUUUAAUAUGUUUUUAACUGGAAGACCAUCCUUCUCAGGGACAUACUGUUUAAUCUUUUCCUAAAACAAGAUUCUAUGCCUCCGUUCUAAAUCUAUGGCUCAGCUCUGCGGCCCUCGUAAAACUCACAUGGCUAAAUAUGAACUUUCUUCCUUCAUGCCUCCCAAUUUCCUUCUUCAGGUGCAGUUCCUAUGCCAACAUGCAGCACUAUCCUGAGCCCUGGGCUGACAUCGCAACCCUGUUUGGUAACCUCAUUCUGUAAAGUUCAUGUUCUCUGGGAAUCCAGAGCAACACCAGGAAGAUUUCCCUAGAGAGCCAGAGAUUAGGGACCUGGAACAACAGCACUUGGAGACUAGUCUAGUCCCCAUUUUACAAGUAGGGAACCUGAAUUCCAGAGGCUUUGGUCACUUAGCCAGUCAGCAGCAAGGCUGACCCAGGCAAUGUGAUUCCCCAUCCAGGUUAGCAUAGUUCCAAAGGUGGCUCUGUCCCUUCACAUGUCUAGCACUUGCUGCUAUCCUUCCCACCCUCUGCCCAUUUUCCCUUCUGAUGAGCCUCUGGUUCUAGAUCAACAUGGCGUUGUGUGAGCAGUCAAGGCUUCACACAGCAUGGGUCUAGGUGAGAACCCCAACGGCAUGUGAGAGUCCCACGGAACCUUCUGCCUCCUGGCCUGCACCUUCUUUAAGACUAGCCGAGACCAUUUAGGUCCACCCCACACUCUGUGAAGGAAUGUAAGGGCAAGGACCCAUGCUGAGCUGGGCCCCAAUUUGGCUGAUGUCCUUUCUGUAGAGGGUCUUGGAUGCCAAAGGUUUGCAGUUCCUGAACUUCUUCCAUGAGCUCCCCCUGGAGGGGAUUCCUGUUUGAUAUAUGCUCCAGCUGUGAUCAGCAAUCAGGUCAAAAGCUACCUCCCACUUUCUGUUCUAAGGUGUGUCCCCCUUGCAGCCAGACCCAAGGCACAGAUUCUUUCUGUUGUAGCCCAAAUGUCAGCUGAAGACUUCUUGAGAUCCAGAUGAGUUUGAGAACUCUGGGCUCCUGUUCUGAGCCCUGGAUUUCUGUGAUUUCUAAGGGAUUUGAUUUGUUUUUAUCUGUUUUGUUUUAGGGGUACUGGGGAUUGAACCCACUGAGCCACCUCCCCAACUCUUUUUAAUUUUGAGACAGAGUCUCACUA